UUGUUAUUGGUACGGGAUAUCGACAGGCAGACAGUCGUGUACAUAGCCAAUUCACAAUGUCAGGUGUAUCAGGAGAUUCCUCCAAACGACCGUCAUUCGUCAGAGCGGAGAGUGACAUUGCACCAAUCGCGCAAGCAUUUGGUGAUGAAAUGUUGUGUAGAAACCGGGGCGCUGUCUCGUUAGGACCGAAGAUGACAAUGCCUGGUGGCGGUAGGCAGUAUGUAGCAGAAACAAGAAUCAUCCUAGUCGGCAAGACGGGGUCCGGAAAGAGCAGCACAGGAAACACACUGCUAGGAAAGAAAGAUUUCCGGAAUGAAUCUGGUCCAAGAUCGGUCACAAAACGAACUGAAUAUUCCACUUGUACGUACAACGGUAGGUCAGUGGUUGUGAUAGACACUCCAGGUCUCUUUGAUACUGAUAUGACGGAGAAAAAGGUCAAAAUGGAAAUAACGAGAUGUUUUGCUUUAGCAUCACCUGGUCCUCACGCUUUUCUGGUUGUGAUUCCGUCCAACGUUCGCUACACAAGGGAAUGCCAGGACACCAUCGACAAAUACCUGGAAUUAUUCGGUAGAGAAAUUAUAAAACGCACCCUGAUUGUUUUUACUAAAAAGGAUUUAUUAAAAAGUGAUAUCACUACAGAGAAGCUAUUUCUGGAGAAUUUGGAUGAGGAACUAAAGCGUCUCUUGGAUGAAAGCACAAACGGGCAUGUGUUUGUAGACAAUAGAUCGAGGGAUAGAGAAAAAGAAAGAAAACAAUUGUUUGCAGCCAUUGAGAAAAUAUUUCAUUCUUGCAAUGAAGCUUGCUUUAGGAAUAGAGCUUUGAAAAUCGUAGAGAAGGGAUUACAAAAAGAAGAGACGAGACAAAAUCUACCGACCGUGCCUGAGGAUAAUGAUGACAACAGUUCUGAUUCUGCAACACCAUGCACUAUGUCAUCGACGUCAACGGAUAACGAGAAACGCCCGUCAACACGACAGAGUAUCCUUAACGAUGACGGCGAUGAUGGUGGACUCCUCGGAAGAUUGACGCAGUUAUUCACCGAUUUUUUCAAUUCUUUCUUUGAACUGCUGAGGGGUAAGAAGAAAAAAUGAAUGACCAAUUACCUUCUUUUGGUACGAAUAUAUUUCAGCAUAAGAAUGCUGUUUACACUAGCUGUUGUACUUACAUAACACCAGGAUUUAGUCUGAUGGUUCCAAGAAUAUUUUCACCAAACAUAACAUUUGCAUAUAUCCAGAAACAUUUCAUGGAAUAAUGAUGUAUGAUAUGUUUGUUCAGAAUAUCCAAUCGAGGGGAAACUGACACGCUAUGAUCACCACGGAGAGCGGACAUAUAUGCAAUUUACAAAAAAUGAUUUAAUUCAGUUAAUGAUUCCUAUCUAUUUUGCUGUGAAAGCAUGCGGAGUAGAGUCCUCGUUCUUGUAUAUACCUCGACUAAAUAACCAUAUUAUCACUAGCCUCCAAAAGUUUGAGUAGCUAUUUUGAUUUGAUUUUAAAUGAAUACAUAUUUAUAUGCACUCUGAAGAAACUCCAACGUGCUCCGCCUGUUCUUAUGUUACUUCCGGUCUAAAAGUGAUUAUUAUGAAUUAUUAUCCAAAAUAUUUGUUUUUAUAUAUAUCUUGUUCAUAUACUGAUGCUACUUGUAUAUUUCUAUUACACGGUGCGUAUGUUUGUGAGAUGCAGUAUAUUCCCUGUAGCAUAUUCAAUUAGACUCGCUGUACUUACAUAAAUGUAUUCAUACAGCCGGCCGGUGUGGCUCCCACAAUCUUAUGAUAUUAAUAUACAAUAUGGUGUAAUAUACGUCAUGUUUUGCUUAGUGGUCAGUAUAUUUGCACAUAUUUUCAUUUAACUGGCGUUCCAGUGAUAUAUAUGUUUAUUCACAAAGCAAUAGGUAACUGAUGCCUUUGUGCUACAUCAGCAAUAACAAUGCAGGUACAGCAGGUGUUGUACAAUAACUUACUGGUAAAAUGGGGAACCGAUCUUGUGGUGACACAUACAUUAGUAAUUACGAUACUUUUAGUCACAAUUUGCACUGAAAUUUUACAUUUUACACAAUAAAGGCAAUAAAAAGAGCAAUUGCGGUUAACUAAUAUAAAAAAUCCACUGUCAUAUUUAUGAUUUAGAUUUAUUGUCAUAAAGUGAAUAUUGCAUAUUUCAAAGAAAAACAUGGUAUUUCACUUAAUGCUAUAAAACUGUUUUAUUAUUUCAUUAGCCUUACACAUCUUGCUGUUUUCGAUUUGUACACGAUAAAAAUUCAUUAAAAGAAUUGAAUGGCCAUAGUAAGAUAUUUGUAAAUAGUUUUACUGUUAUUCUGUAUAUAAGGAACACUAUUGUAUUUGUAAAAGUUUGACGUUCUUGUCCAUGGUUCCAGUAAUGUCUAAAUUGUGUACCAGGUGCACGUGAUAUUAAUGAUAAAGAGCUGUUUGUAUAUUACCUUUAAUAGUCUCGCUUGGUAUUUUUAUCUAUAGACACUCCGUACACAUUCUAACAUAUUGCGAUAAUAUUGUCCACUGGAGAACUCUAGGGGCACACUUUUAGUGUACGUUAAACAUACCGUGGGAUACAGCGGACCUUAUUCCAGGGCUCAACAAUGUCCCCUGAACAGAAGGUAUCGACUUAGCAAUGGGAGGCACAAUGGUCUAUCUUGACUAGAGAUGCAUAAUCCAAAGCCUUCCUCACAGGGGCGAAUGUUCAACUAAAGGCGAAAGGAAGGCAUUGUCAAGGGGGACAUUAGGAAGAAAAAGUUUUCUUAGAAAGAAGAUAAAAGAUAAUAUCCCAUAUUUAGUCGCCUCUUACGACCAUGCAAUGGGGGCAGCAGGUAGAAUUCUCGCACCCUACCUGAAGGGCAGCUUUUGUUACCAAUACGACCGAUACCUUAAUGUUUUUCGAGAGGGCUUGUUUAGAAAUUGCAUGCCCCCCAAUUCUUGUUAAGUCAUCUUGAUUUAAUAACAUGUUUUCAAAUAACAUAAUUUAAAGCUAUCAUGUAAAGUUUGGUAAUAAACUUCCAAUUUUUUUCUAUGAAACAAUAAGUUACUGGUCUA